AUGGCUCUGUGGUCCGCUCUGUCCGUCCUGUGCGUGACGCUGACGUGGGCCGCGGCUCACGCUACGCGCACGGCUGUGGUACUGGAAUCCCCCGCUCUGCAACAGACGCACUCGAAGUUCUUCAGGCUGCUCGAAGCCCGAGGCCAUGAACUGGACUUCUUCACGGGCGACAAGCAGGACAAGGAGCCGUUGCUGGAGCUGGAACGCUAUGGAGAGCGCACUUACGACAACCUGGUGCUCUUCACGCCCCAGAAGGCGCUGGGGUCGCUACGCAAGUCGGACUUGCUGCACUUUGUCGAAGAAGGCGGGAACGUGCUGCUGUCAGCCAGCAAGAAGCUCACAAUGGUGCAGCGAGACUUUGCACUGGAGUGCGGCAUUGAGUUUGAGAAGAAGGGUAACGUGGUGCUGGACCACGUGCAAGCGAUCGCGGACGACAACGAUAUCUACAACUCGGUGAUUGCUGCCAAAGACUUUGUGGCCUCGGAGCGCGUGGUCGGAUCGCUGGCGACCAAGCCUAAACCCGUGGCGUUCUCUGGUAUCGGCAUGUCGCUGGAGCCCACCAACAUUCUGGCUUUUCACGCGCUCAUGGCGCCCGCCAGCGCGUAUUCUGCUAACCCGGUCAAGCCCAUCACGAGCAAAAUUGUAUCGAACGAUCUACUGUUUGGCAACCAGAUUGGUCUUGUGGCGGCCGUGCAAGGACGUAACAACGCACGUCUUGUCUUUUCGGGCUCCCUGGAUCUUUUCAGCGACAAGUACCUUGACAAUGGAGAGUUUGCAAACGCCGAGUUUGCCGAUGCUGUGACCAAGUGGGCCUUUCAGGAGAGCGGUGUGCUACGCAUGACCAACGUGAAGCAUCAGCGCGAAGACGGAUCGCAACCUGCCAAGAUGCUGAGUGACGCUCACCGUGGCGACCAGCCGAUUACACUGUACCCGGAUGCUGAAGUCGCACGUGACUCGCUUGUGUACCGCGUGAAAGACAACCUCACCUAUUCGUUUGACUUGCACGAGCUGAAAAACAAGAAGUGGGUGCCGUACAAGGCCGACGACGUGCAGCUGGAGUUUGUGAUGCUGGACCCUCACGUACGCACGACAAUGGUGCAUGACAACAGAGGUCAUUUCCACGUGACUUUCCAGUCGCCUGACGUGUAUGGCAUCUUCCUCUUCCGUGUACUGUACCGCCGCCUGGGACUAUCGACGAUUUACUCGACGACGCAAGUGUCGUUGCGCCCAUUCAAGCACGACGAGUACGAGCGCUUCAUUCCGGCUGCUUUUCCGUACUACGCCUCAGCCUUCUCGAUGAUGGCCGGUGUGUUCCUCUUCAGCGUGUACUUCCUCUUCCACGAAGGCAAGAAGUAG